UGCUCUUCUUUGCCUACUCGGUCCCACCCGUUCCUGCCUCUUUCAUCUCUUCUCCCUCGCAACCCCGCCCUGCCUUCGUGUCGAAGAAAAAGCCUCUCUCUCUCUCUCUCUCUCUCGGUGCACGAAUCCUUGGCCAUGCAAGAAACUGAGCUAAACGAUUUGUCCGACGACGCGGAUUACGCUGCGUCACAGCUACAUGGGUCUGCAAGCAUGAUGCGAAGCGAUAGUAGCAAACGGAGUUCGUCGAGCGAACCCGACGGUGCGGAAACAGUUUAUCUGAAGGAUAAUGUGACCAUUCAUCCGACGCAGUUCGCUUCCGAGAGGAUCAGUGGGCGAUUGAAGUUGAUUAAGCAAGGCUCUUCUCUCUUUAUGACGUGGAUUCCAUACAAGGGGCAAAGCUCGAAUGCGAAGUUGUCUGAGAAAGAUAGGAAUCUUUAUACCAUAAGGGCGAUGCCUUUUACGGAGGUGCGGUCCAUUCGCCGGCACACCCCGGCGCUUGGGUGGCAGUACAUUAUCAUUGUUUUGUCUUCAGGACUUGCUUUUCCUCCUUUGUACUUCUACAAUGGAGGAGUCAAAGAGUUCCUUGGUACAAUAAAGCAACAUGUUUUUCUUGUGAGGUCCGCCGAAGAUGCAAAUGUAUUUCUUGUGAAUGAUUUUGAAAAUCCUCUCCAGAGAACUUUGUCUUCUUUGGAGCUGCCUAGGGCUGUUUCUGUUACCAGUGAGCCAUCUACAUCCAUUUCAGUUGGUGAGUCCCCUUUAAAUGAAAACCAGGAGAGAACUGAUGUGGUGGUUGGCAAUUCCAGUACUUCUCGGUACAAUGUGAAGCAAAGGCAAAAGGUUCAUGAUCCUGCUCGAGAUCUCUCGAUUCAAGUCUUGGAAAAGUUCUCUCUUGUGACCAGAUUUGCCCGAGAAACAACUUCACAACUCUUCCGUGAUGGUAAUGAAUAUGCUGCGCUUGAAAGGAGAAACCAUAACCAAUCACCCCUUGAUUACCCUCAGAAAGCAUCCAGUGUUACAGAAAAAGCUCCUGAUGGAAGCCCUGUAGCCUCAGAUCCUUUGGAGGUUGAUAAAUUGACUCUAGUAUGGGGAAAACCACGGCAGCCACCUUUGGGCUCUGAAGAGUGGUUCACCUUCUUGGAUUCUGAAGGGAGAGUCCUGGAUUCAAAAGCUUUGAGAAAGAGAAUAUUUUAUGGGGGAGUCGAGCAUGGAUUACGGAAAGAGGCAUGGGCAUUCUUGCUGGGAUACCAUUCCUAUGAUUCAACAUAUGCAGAGAGGAAAUAUCUUAGGUCCAUUAAAAAGUCGGAGUAUGAGACCAUAAAGACCCAGUGGCAGAGUAUCUCCCCGGAACAGGCAAAAAGAUUUACAAAAUUUAGGGAGAGAAAAGGCCUUAUUGAGAAAGAUGUGGUGAGGACUGACAGAUCGCUCUCCUUCUAUGAUGGGGAUGAUAAUGCAAAUGUGAAUCUAUUACGUGAUAUUCUACUAACAUACUCAUUCUACAACUUCGAUCUUGGUUAUUGUCAGGGCAUGAGUGAUCUUCUGUCCCCAAUAUUGUUUAUAAUGGGGGAUGAGUCAGAAUCAUUUUGGUGUUUUGUUGCAUUGAUGGAACGCCUUGGACCCAAUUUCAAUCGCGACCAAAAUGGCAUGCACUCUCAACUCUUUGCAUUAUGCAAGUUGGUGGAGUUGUUAGACAGCCCAUUGCAUAACUACUUUAAGCAGAACGACUGCCUGAAUUAUUUCUUUUGUUUUCGCUGGAUUCUAAUACAAUUCAAAAGGGAAUUUGAAUACGAGAAAACAAUGCGUUUGUGGGAGGUAUUAUGGACGCAUUAUUUGUCAGAGCACCUCCACCUGUAUGUAUGUGUUGCAAUCUUGAAGCGAUAUCGAAGUAAGAUAAUGGGGGAGCAGAUGGAUUUUGACACACUGUUGAAGUUUAUUAAUGAGUUGAGCGGUCGAGUUGAGCUGGAUGCAAUCCUCAGGGAUGCAGAGGCUUUGUGCAUAUGUGCUGGUGAGAAUGGCGCCGCUUGCAUUCCUCCUGGAACCCCACCCUCGUUGCCUGUCGAUGACGGUUCAUUCUACACUCAACCGGAUGAUGACGUAUUGUAAUUGGGGUUCCCAUCCUGGGGAUGAUAUUUAUCAGCUUUGUAUUGUCAAUUCUGUUGAAACACAUUUACUGCUGUAGCGCUUUGUAAUUGUUGAUUUUCUUUUUAUUAAUUGACAAUGUUAUUAGUAGAGCCAGCAAAAUUGCCACGGAA